AUGAUUGCCGAAGACGUUAGUUACCAAGCUUGUAUGGAUAAAUAUUCGAGGAAAGGCUAUCAACCGUGGCAGGAAUGGUCAGAUCACUACACUUGUCACAGAUACCGAUGUGAAAUACGAGAUGGAAAAUAUUUCAUAGCAGCAGUGGGUUGUCGUAAGCCUAAAAUUCCAGAGAAUGCCUUGGAAUGUCAUGAAUACAUUGAGGAUGAAAAUGUUGAAUUUCCAACAUGCUGUGCCCGUCUAAGAUGCGUCGUGGAUGUUAACGGUGAACGUAUUGUUCAAACUCGAGGGCAGCCUGGUGAACUAUUCCCAGAUAAACCCUGGAAAGGACAACAAAAUGAACCAAACCCGGUUGUGGGUAUGCCCGGUAUCCAACAGAACACCCCAACAAUAUUCCCGACAGCGGAUGGCAACGAUAUUAACUCAAGGAGAUACGUUGACCCCUACCCCAACCAGCAAAUACAGGAUGGCCCGAGGAAGAAAAGGUCAACUACUUACCCAUUAUUCGACAGAAUGAGUGAAAAACAAAGCAAAUUCCACGUUUAUUCGCCUGAAAAAUAUACUUCGUAUUUCCCUAAUGUAAAAGAUUAUAGUCAUAAGCGUAAUAUGUCU